UGAAAUACUGACCCCGACUACUCCAUACGGACUUAGCUCGUGCACCAGUCAUCAUCAACCAAAUCUUGAAUUUCAACAAUCCUUCAUCAUGAAAGUCGUGUUUCUUGUGUGUGUCGUGGCUGCGGUGGUGUACUCCCACCCCCACGACUCCCACUACACCGACAAGUACGACAACAUCGACCUGGACGAGAUCCUGAACAACAAAAAAAUCCUGACUUCUUACAUUAACUGCUGUCUGGACCUUGGCAAGUGCACGCCUGACGGCAAGGAACUGAAAUCGCACAUUAGGGAAGCGUUGGAGAACAAAUGUGGAAAAUGCACUGAAGCUCAAAAGAAUGGUACACGCAAGGUCAUGACCCACCUCAUCAACUUUGAGCCAGACUACUGGAACCAACUCUGCGCCAAAUACGACCCUGAAGGAAAAUACAAAGCCAUGUACGAAAAGGAAUACAAAACUCUUGUACACUAAAUAGCUUAUUUGAUGAAAAUAAAUUAUUUUGAUUAACCA